UUUGUCCAGUGGCAUCAAAUGAACUUGGGUCACGCAUGCCGCCUUUGAACUCAUACUGAGAAACAAAAUGAGAUUAUAUUUUUUUUAGCUUCUCAUAAAAUAGAUGUAAUCUCGUUUCACCUACAAUGAUGGGCGUCGGUAAAAUAUUCGCUUCAUGAAAUCACUUUUGCUUUUUUUUUUUUUUUUUUUUUGUCUAUCUGUUUACAAAAGUAGCGCAAGAGAGGAAGAACAGCACAUAUGUUAUUGUCAGUCCAAAGCAACGGCGGGGUCGGUGCCAAGGCGGGCAAAGAGCGACGGUCUCGUGGUCUCGCUGUCUCAGUCCUCCACCUGGUUUUGCGAAGUGUGUGUGUUCCGCGGUGCUUCUCGACGCCCAGGGUAUUGUUGUGGCCGAAGGAGAAAAUCUCGAUUCGACUGGUAUAUUUGUUCUUACUAUGAGAGGAUGAUCUUUGCUGACACCGCGUGUUUGAAAGAGGCAUCUCUGAGGCGAUCUCUCUCCAGCCGUACUUGAGAAAUGAAUGCGGAGAGCGAGUGGUGGUGGGCGUGGUCAGGAGCUGCGGGCGGCGCGUGGGCGGCAGUGGUGUGCGUGGUGGUGGUGAUGGGCGGCGCCGUCAAUGUCGCUGUGGUCAUCCACUGGGCGACGUCCCGCCCCUCGCACGACUCGCCCUCGGCAGCCCUUCCGUGCGUGGACCUUCUCCUCUGCGUCCUGGCCGCCCCGCUUCGCUACGCCCACGCCCCGCCCAUCCCCACGCCAGCGGGCUCUCGCCUGGUGGCCGAGGCUACCCUGGCGCCACAGAACACCUCCGGAGGCGCACUGCAGCUCAACGCCACGGGCGCGGCGGCCAACGCGAGUGCACCGGGCACGGACUGGGAGGCGCCGCCCGGCCCCCCAGGGCCCGGCACCAGCCUGGCGCACGCCGUGGUAGUGGGCGUGUGCCUCACGUCCCUGCACGUCGUGGUCAUCGUGGCACUGCAUCGCCUCACGCUGCUGCUGAGGUGCUCCGCCCGCGGCCGCAAGCCCUUCCGCUUUGCGUCGCCGCUGCCGGUGCUGGCGGUAGCUCUCGCGGCGGCGGCGGCGCUGGUGGGGGGACUUCACGCCACGGGGCGCUUCACGGACAUGUUCCCUCUGCUGGGCGUCUCGAGGCCCCGGCCUCCUGGCGCCCCGCCGCCGCCACUGGUGGUGGGCUUCCUGUCCUACGUGGCAGGUCUGUGCGGCGCCACCACGCUCUGCUACCUGACCAUCAUCACCGCCCUCAUCCACCAAGAGCGCAGCCAGGCCGUGGCCGCAGCGCCACUCCCCGAAUUUUCGGGCCCGCCCUCCUACAGCAGCGUCAGCAGCCCAGGCCCUUCCACAGACUCCGGCGUCGCAGGGCCCGGUCACGGCGGCCAUGGGCUGGCGCUCAGGGCAUGCAUUACGGUGUUGUCAGUGCUGGUCACGCUGUCUGUGUGUUGGGCAGUCCCCGUCUGUCUAGCACUCUACGCCCUGCUCAGCGAGGCGCCCAUGACACCGUCGCUGCCCUACAGCGAUGCCCUCCUCCUGCUCUCGGGCUUGGUUCACCCCUUCGUGUACGGCGAGGGCUGGGCGGCCGUGGCAGCGUGCGUGACCGGGUUGCGGCACGGCGUGGUCGCCACCAGUUACCGCGUGGGCCUCGCCUCGCGCCCUCGAUCACGAAUGCAUCUGUCUGACCUGCCAAGUGAUAGCGGUGGCGGCGGUAGAACCUGGCAGAGCUCAGUCGAGUGCUGUUGGCCGUGCCGGAGCCAUGGGGCACAGGCAUCUACUGAAGAAGCCACGUUCAACAUCAUUCCUCUCCGCCUAACGUCACGCCAUCAGACAGACACAUAACACAUACUGUGUCAAUUAUUUGUGGUCUUGGAUCAUAAAGUGAAUGGUAGCCAAAGAUAUUGAGCGUGUAUAAAUGCCGUAUUUUUCAGAAGGGUGUGCGGGUGUUUACAUAUUGUUAGCUUACGGGUGUUAAUAUUCUGGCAAACACCAGUCUGUAUAUGCGUGGGUCAAGAUAUUUCAAAGCAGUUGCGUCGGCAUCUGAGGUCACUGACAGUGUCAUAAUUUCGAACUCGCAUCAACAUGUGCACUUCAAUGAAACCCGCCUGCACGAGCGGGCAUGAUCGGCAGGUCCCGAAAAGGUGACGUCACAAACGAAAAACAAGAGAACUUGUUUACCAAGUGAGCACCUGUGACGUCACCUUUCUUGUGUCGACCCAUGAUGCACGUGCGUGUGGGCAGUCGUGAACGCAACGUAAUUGUGUGUUUGACAUCUGAAUGUAAACUUUUCAGUUAAUUUCUUCUGCAAGUCUUUUUGGAAUUUUUAACCAAUUGACGGUUUACCUUUUCAUCAUCUAUUCAUUAUUGAUCAUCUGAGUAUCCAUUUCAUAAUCUCAUUUAAUAAAUAUUCAAAAAAUUUUCUUCUUUGUAUUUCCUUUAAUAACUGUGGGUAAAUGACCAUAGCUUUGUUCAUCAAGUAUUUGAAGGAUUCACUUUAAACUUUUACAGCACGCUGUGUAACGAAUGGGUAAUGGUUAGCCAAAUGGGCGACUAAUGAAAAACUGAUUUAACCCAAAUAAGGAAAUCAACGACUGGGUCAAAAAUAACCAUGCCCAUGUUUAUAUAAAUAUAUAUAGUGACACUUGAUUUGUGUUUUUUUGUACUUGUCAACCAUAAGUAUAUUUAUUUAAAUGUUAACAACAUGAAGGAUA